CCGCCGCCGCCGCCUGCUCUGCUCGGCGCUCCUCAGCGGGGCCGGGGAAGGCGGCCGGUCUUGCGGCGGGCCAUGAGGCGGCGCUGCGGCGGCUGCGGCCCCCGGUAGCCCGCUAUGGGCAACACCCUCAGCUGCUGCGUCUCGCCCGGCGCCAGCCCCAAGCUCGGGCGGGCCCGCGGGGCCGGGGCGGCGGCGGCGGCGGCGGGGCCGGAGCGGCGGGAGGCGGCGGCGGAGGAGGAGUCGGGGGACUCGGAGCCCGGCGGGCCCCACCUGCAGCACAUCAGCGACCGCGAGUUCCCGGAGGAUUUAGCGUUGGAGUCGAAUCCAUCUGACCAUCCUCGGGCAAGCACAAUUUUCUUGAGCAAAUCCCAAACAGAUGUGAGAGAAAAAAGGAAAAGUAACCACAUCAACCAUGUUUCCCCAGGGCAGCUUACAAAAAAGUAUAGUUCAUGUUCAACCAUAUUUAUAGAUGACAGCACAGUCAGCCAGCCGAAUCUUAGGAGCACAAUAAAAUGUGUGACAUUAGCAAUAUACUAUCACAUAAAAAACAGGGAUUCAGACAGAUCACUGGAUAUUUUUGAUGAGAAAUCUCACCCGCUCACGCGCGAAGAGGUUCCGGAUGACUACUACAAACACGAUCCUGAUCACAAGCACAUCUAUCGCUUCGUACGUACUCUUUUCAGCGCAGCGCAACUGACUGCUGAAUGUGCAAUAGUGACGCUGGUUUACUUGGAAAGGCUCUUAACCUAUGCUGAGAUUGACAUCUGUCCCAGCAACUGGAAGAGGGUCGUUCUAGGUGCUAUACUGCUGGCUUCCAAAGUGUGGGAUGAUCAAGCCGUGUGGAACGUGGAUUACUGCCAAAUACUGAAGGAUAUUACAGUGGAGGACAUGAAUGAGAUGGAAAGACACUUCUUGGAGCUCCUGCAGUUCAAUAUCAAUGUUCCUGCCAGUGUUUACGCCAAAUACUACUUUGACCUUCGUUCCUUAGCAGAUGACAACAACCUGAGCUUUCUGCUGGAGCCCCUUAGUAAAGAACGAGCGCAGAAACUGGAGGCGAUCUCCAGACUGUGUGAGGACAAAUACAAAGACUUGUCAAAAGCUGCUAUGAGACGAUCUUUCAGUGCUGAUAACUUAGUUGGUAUUCGCCGGUCUAACGCCAUCCUCUCUUGAGCAAGACCAGAAGCUGCGAGGCUGUGGCACCGGCGUAUUCCUAUGGACUUGGAGUACCAGAGCUGCUGCCGCCGUAAGCUUGUGCGUGGUCUGUAAUGGUGUCUUCCAGCCAGAGGACGGGGUGAGCAAAUCCAGACCAGGAAGCCCCAGAGCCAGAGGAGUGUAAUUCCAUGGGGGCGGGGGGGAGAAAGGAUUCCAUGGGACCUCGUCAAACCGGCACAUCCCUUCUUAAAAUCCAGAGGUGCAAAAACUUUUUGGAGAUGCUUUUUCCGUUCUCUUCCCCUCCUCAUCCAACACACAGAUGUUUGCUUACUAUGUAGGCCUAUAGCUGUGAACAAUGUGAGUUUUUAAUGACUAGUUUUAAAUUUUAGGAUUUUGAACAUUAACACGACUCUCUCUAGUCUCAAUGCUCUUCCCCUUUGGUCACCCUGGACCUUGCUGCUGCUGCUACCACCUUUUGGAGACAGGGCAGCGUGGAUGCUGGGAGAGACUUUUAGGACUCCAUAUAAAGCCACUCUGGAGCUGAUCCAGUAGCACUGACAAUAGACGGUUCCUCUCUCCUUCACUCCGUUCCUCCACUGCACAUCUGUUGACUGCUCCACUGGUGUUCCGUCUUAAGACCCAGGGGCUUCCAAGCACCAAGCCGUGCUCGUUGGGGUCUCUCCCCUGGAGAUUGUCAAGGUCUUGGAAGCAAAGAAAUGGCAUUCUGGUGGUUGCUAGUAUGGGGGAAAGCACAAUAACCAGUUGGUCAGAAUCUAUUUCUUGUCGGCGAUGGGGCUUCUCAUGUUCUUGAAGUCAAGCCCUGGGAGAGAUGCAGUCCAUUGUACACGUCGUUGCCUGAAAAGCUGAACAAGAUCUGUAUCAAAUGCUUAGCCCAAACAAAUGUGCUGAUGUGGCCACGAAGAGGCAAUUAAGGCUGCGCUGCUAAACUUUCACUCCGAUAAAAUGGUAUUGGGGGGCAGGCCUGCUUUUAUGCCCCCGCCCUGGUUUUCACAAGGCCUUAGGAUUGGAAACCGUGUUGAAGGGCCUAUGUGGGGAGAGAAAUACAGUGAUCUUCAGUUCAUACAGUUGCUUUUAAAACAGUUGAAAGCGUAGCAUUUAACGUCAUUUGCUCUGGAAGGAAACUUCUACAGUUGGCUUUUUCUCUAGAUUUAAGUUUGCCGGUCCAGAACGACAAUUUAUGAUAAGGUAAAGUUUCCCUACACCUGAAAAUGGGUGGCACCUUGCAUCUGGGUCAGAAGGCCUGAGCGAUUUGUCCUGGUUAAACCCUCUCAUGUCUGGUGUAGCGCCGACUCCUGUGCAGGCCCUCUUUCAGCCAGGUGCCUUUAAGUUCCACUGAAUCCAAAGUCCCACUUCGGGAGUGUUCUCCAGCACUCGGACUGUUGGUCUCAUGCAGUAUUUUAGUCAACCAGCUCCAGGCGGGCGUUCUACAGUCUGCGGCUUCAGGUAUUGAUCACAAAUUAAAUUUUGAAACAAAUGCUACAUCUUCAGGUGGCUUUCCUUUCUCAUGUUUGUAUUAAAAAGAGAAGCUAAUAAUAAACUCUAUUUUAAUUAAGACCAGG